CUUUAACAUUUUUUUAUCGAUUCGACAAUGUUUUUUUAUUGACAUUUGUUUUUAUAAUUCAUUUUUAAACUGGCAACAUUGCAACAAAAUUGGAUUACAAAUGGCCGCUAUGUCCCCGUCUGAGCGAAGACUACAGAAAGAACUCAUGUCCUUGAUGAAGGAGCCUCCACCAGGAGUUACUGUCGACGGAGAGCAGGCCAGCCAAAAUCUUACACUGUGGACAGUACAUAUGGAAGGAGUUCCCGGGACGCUGUAUGAAGGUGAAAAAUUCGUACUGCAGUUUAAAUUUACUAACAAAUACCCUUUCGAUUCUCCAGAGGUGACAUUCAUAGGCAGCAACAUCCCGGUGCACCCGCACGUCUACUCCAACGGGCACAUCUGCCUGUCCAUCCUGACGGACGACUGGUCGCCGGCGCUGUCCGUGCAGUCCGUGUGCCUCUCCAUCGUGUCCAUGCUCAGUAGCUGUAAGGAGAAGAAAAGGCCACCUGAUAAUUCUUUUUACGUUAAAACCUGCAGCAAAAAUCCUAAGAAAACUAAAUGGUGGUACCACGAUGACUCCGUCUAACCUCACAGUGUGUGCUAAAUCGAGCAAGGACGAUAAAAUCUCAGUAUGUGUAGUGCGCGGGCGCAUCGCGUCACGCGGCGUGCGGUCAGUGCGAGACAGUGCCGGGCCCCGGCCCGGGAGCUUAUGGUGUCUAAAUUUACAAGUUUUUGAGUUAGGCCCCUCUAUGGCAGAGGGUCACAGGUUUUUAUAGUUUGCAAAAUGGAAAAGUUAUGAUUUUUUUGCUGUACAAAUUGGUGCCUCUAGCGGAAACUGUAAUGAAACUUUAUACAGAUAAAAUGGGAAGGUUUUUGUUUUUGUAAACAAUAAAAAUCUGCUCUAGGCGUACAAUUUAAUCAGAUGGGGCGCUUUGUAUUUUUUUGGACUUUGUUCUUUUUAUUACGGACUUCGCAAAACACGAGUAUAAAAAUAGAAAACUUCCGAAAUACGCGAUCGAAAAAUAAGACUGAUAUUCCUGAUGCUGCCACAUGCAAUAAAUUUGUUUACGUUGCAUCGUAACUUUACAAGUGUUGCCGAAUGGAUUGUUUACAAGGCGUUGUUGUAGCUAAAGUAGUUUCAAAACUUUACAUUGAACGUAAUAAUAAAAAUAUAAUUAUAAAUGUUGGUCGGUUUUGCGAAGUUCCUUCUAUGUAUUACUUUUUUAAAGACUUAUGUUCAGAUGUUAUGUUCUUAUAUUCAUGCCAUCAUCAAAUUCAUAAUUAUAUUGAAUUCUUAAUAAGACAACCAUUUUUGCAAUAUCUGUCUGGUUAUGGAUACGUUAGAUAUAAAUAAAGAUAUUUCUAAGUAGUGUAAUAGGUUAUGAAAUGUAUGGGCUUAUGAAAAUAUUAAAUUUUCCAAUUGAUUUACUUUUGGCUACUAUUCCAUAAAAUGUUCGUAACUUUUAUACUAAGCAAUGUUAGCAAGUACAAAAAUACUUAACAUGUUAUAUUUAUCUAAUCAAAUGGUGAUUACAUUACAAAUAUAAUAUUAUUUUUCUUGACAACCAUUACGUUUUUAAAAUAGUAGCCUCAUCAUUGUGUAUAUUUAUUUUUAAAUUUGGUACUAACUAUGUGUUAGAUAUUUAUUUUGAAACUAUUUAAAAUAAUCUACAGACAGCUUUUGAUGUCAAUAUCAUUGAAUAAUUUACAUAGUCCUCAAAGUCAAUUUGUGUGUAUUGAUAAAUUAAUAUAUCCUUUAAUGAAGUCCCACUUCUAGAAUGUUAUUUGCUCAUAAACAAAGGAGUAUAAUUUGUACAAUAUUACGUCUUGGGUUAGGUUGGCUGUACAAAUAAAUUAUCUCAGGUUUGAUGAAUCUGAUUGAUGUAUGAUUAGUUUGGUGAUGCAAUGAAAUAUUACGAUUUUGUGAUAAAUUUGGCUACCACAUCAUGAGCCAACCAUGCUUCAUUAAAGUAUGUGCUGGCGACUGCAAACACUAGUUUGUUUCACUCUAGCGAUGUCGUGACAUCACUAGCUAUUAUGCAACAUGAUAAAGUCGAGAUUAUCGUAAUCUUGAUCGGGAAUUUCGUAAUAAAACAUACAAGCGUAGCUCGCGAUCUAUCCUAUCCUAUCCAUGAAUACAUGUAUAUCGAUGAGUAUGUACAGUUACUUUCAUAAUGUAUUAAUUUGUAAAGCACACUUGAUGUUAUUAUGUUUACAUUUGUUGUUACAUUCACAAUCGUAGCAUUCAAAAUUCAUUAUUGCAUUGUUUUAUCAUACAAGCAUCUUCGAUUGUGUAAAAUUCAAAGUGAACCUGCUUAAUUUAUUGAAAUAAACAUAUAGUUACACGAA